AUGUCAUUUUGGUUUAAUAUUGGCAGUCUCGUUUCUUUACUCUUUUUACUUGGGGCCACGAUUAUGACUUUCUUUUUAAUAUUGUCGGGUGCAAGAAAUACCGGUAUACUGAAAAACUUUUAUUGGAUUGAAGCAAACACAGCUGGCUUUAAUGAUGCUUCAAACAUGACAAGAUGGUUCAAUUACGAAUUCUGUGGUUAUUCAAAUGAUCAAUUGUUCAAUUGUUCCUCAAAGGCACCAGCAAAACCGUUUUCGCCAAAAGACAAUUUUGGGUCCAACCCAUUAAUGCCAACAAGUUUCUUAAAUGAUAGAGAUGCGUACUAUUAUCUGUCACGUGUGGGUUGGGCAAUGUUACUGAUUGCAGUUUUUUGUGAAGUUAUGACCCUAGUCCCACAAAUAAUCAGUGUGUUUAAGCAUAUUAGAAGCUUGUCUAUUUUUGCUACUGUUUUCCAUUGGCUAUCACUAUUUUUCAUUCUUUUGGCUGCAUGUUUGCUUACUGGUUGUUAUGCAAAGGGCAUCAGGGCUUUUCAUUCCAAGAAUAGGCAUGCUAAGCUGGGUGCAAAAUGUUUUGCUUUACUAUGGACCACAGUCUUUCUUCUUCUUUGUACAAGUAUUUGGAUGGCAGUAGCAACGUUUUUAAAAAAUAGGGAAAAGAGAAAAUCCGCUAACUAUUAUGCAACACCAGUUAUUCAUUCACAAGAUAUAAAUGAAUAUGACUAUGCACAUCCAACUGUUCCUGUAACCAAUCAGUCAGCAGAAAUAGUAGGUGGGAAUUAUGAAGUUAGGGAUAUAUCAAAUCAACCUUCACAGCUACCAAGAAAUCCAAAUGUUGUUGCACCUGUAGCAAAACCUAUUCCAUCAGCCUCUAUUGAUAAUAGUACAGCCUCAAACCCAACAACUACGAAACAUAAACUUUUUAAUAAGAUCAAAACAAGAAAGCACAAUAAUAACAACGACAAAACGAAUAUUGAUAAUACUAUUAAUAGACCAGUUUUGCCUACUACUAAAGAAGAAGAUGAAGAAUAUGAAGUAUAA